AUGCUGCAGCUUCCACUACUAACGAACGCUAGACCACUAUUUUCACCAAUGGCGAUCACCCCUGCCUCUGCGCCUGCUCCAAGCCCCGCUGCUGCAACGAACCUGAUCGGUGAAGUUUGCAAGAAAAGCAACAUCGAUCCGACGCUCUGCAUCGCGACCCUGCGAUCGAUUCCCGGAGCAGCAUCAGCGUUCGACGACAUCAAAGCUCUGGCCGAACUAGUCAUGGAAGCCGCCAGGGAAGAGUCGAAGGUCUUGGGCGAGAUGUUCGGCGAGAUUCUGAGCAACAAAGACGACGCGAAGAACCCGAAGUUCAAGCAUUCGCUGGAGUUGUGUGCUCUCGACUACAAUGAAGCGGCCAUCUUCUUCACGACCAGAGGGCUGGGGGACGUGACGAAGAGUUUGGAAAUACAUUCUGCUUUGGAUAACUCUCAGAACUGCGACGGCGAGCUGGUGAAGAUCACGAACCGCGGUGGUGCCGGUCUGAUCGAUGACUCGAUCUCGGCUGCUGUUCAGAGAUGGAAGAAUCUGUACGCGGUGGCCAAUGGAGUCGUGCUGUAUGCUGAAGAUGUGUUCAAAGGCAACCCUGUGGAUGAUGGCCAAGGAGAUGACGACUGCGGACCAGAUUACUGA